AGUAAUUUCACCUAGCGAGCAAUGGGGAUGUAAAUUGUUAAACUAGGCAAGUAUCAUAUAAUAGGGGGUUUUGUCUCUAGUCAUCUCUUACUUCUGCACGCAUUUCUUCCCGGUGCCCGUUGGAAUCGCCUCAUCCUCCAUAAUGUCAAAGGAGAGAGAACACACACACACACACACACACACACAUUCACGAUGCUACCUUCUUCAAAGCUCAGGUCAUUUUCCACCUCAGAAUGACAUCACCUACCACCUAUAUCAACCUCCUUCAAAUGGUUUGCUGCGUUUUGGCGACGAGCACUCGCCACGGUAGAGCACCUACUUACCUACCCUUGGCCUUGAAGAGUUCAUAUCCCUUAGCCUUCUUAGACAUCAAGCCCACCAAUACCCUGCUUCCCGGCAUCAAGACUAACCGUGCUACCUACUACGAAAGUAACAGGCUUUUCAAGACUCGGCAUGUUAACGGUUCAUAGACAAGCGUUUGGCAACUCGCUUCACUACAGUCGUUCCGGUCCAAUGAAUUUUACUUCUUAAACCACGGCGCUAUGCAUGCCCCCUAAAGUUCUCUCUAGGUGAUAUUGUGCACUAGGCCGCCACCGCCGCAGGUGUUGGGCAGAUGCUGCGGUGCUGAUCUAGUAUCUCAAGCUUUGUGUAUUAGGUGCGGUGAACCCUACUCUAGGUUAGUAAGUAAUGCUUAGUCUAGGGGGAAAGGCAUCAAGCGGUUAUUAGGUAGGUACCAAGUGGAGUGUCUCGACUGUCGAUGAGGGUCCAGCGCGAUAUCCUCAAAACCCAAACUGCAGUCGACUCCCUCUCAGGCUUCUGCAUGAUCUAAUGGGACUGGGAGCCAUACGUGGCUCGAACGUAUACGUAAUUGACAAACUUGCUCCUAAAAUAUAAGGUCGUGGUGGAUUUUCCAACGAGUGGCACCUAAGUUUCCAACAAAAAAGGGGAGGGCUAAGGGGCGGCAGGCCUGCAACUACACAGUCAUCACUGAUACUCCCACCGAAAUUAUGUCAUUCCUCUCAAGAAAAAAAAAAGAAAACAAAAAGUUUACUGGUUUAAGAGUUCCAAGAAUUGGUUUAGGAAUGAAGUUGGG